AUGUCUGAUCAUAAUCCAUUUGACGAUCCACUGAUUAGCAAUAAUUUAGUUUCAUUUGAUUCACAGCCUCAAUCUAAUCACUCACCAGUCACAACGCCAAGUAAACAACAGCCACCACAACCUCAGACAAAUGGUAAUGGGACACCAACUGAUGCUUAUCAUAAUCGUUCUAUAAAUGAUGCCGAUCCAUUUGGUGGCGUUGACGAUGUGUUUUCAACAACAUUAAAACAACAACAAAAUGGUACCAGUGAACAUAAUACAGAUUUAUUAGACUCAAAUCUAUUCAAUAAUCAUAAUAAUAAUAAUAACAAUAAUAAUAAUCAUCAUCAUGAAGAAAAUGAUUUAUUAUCACCAACAAAAACGAAUGGUGAACAACAACAACAACAACAACAACAACAACAUUUUAAUGACGAGGACUUAUUUACAACAGUAAACAAUACAAGUAUUCCAUCGCCAACAAAACCAGUUAGUGAAUAUGCACACGAAUAUAAUAAAAAUUCAUUAUUACUGGAUUUUGAUCCGAAUAAUGGAGAAGCUCCUGUCGAACCAUUAUAUCACGAUCAAACACCAUCGCCCAAUGAUUUACCAAAACCACUUGUUGAUUCUCCUAAACAUUCGUCACCUAUUGUUGAAACAGCAAAUAAUAAUAAUACGCUACUUGAUUUUACUACUCCGCCUUCGAAUGUUAACAAUCCUCCACCUCAACCGGUUCCAGAGGAGCAAAAGGACACUGUUUUAACACAAUCACACGAAAAACAUGUAAAUGAACACGUGGAACAUUUAAAUAUAAUAAGUUUUACAAAUCCAAUAUUCGAUUUACAACAACAAGAACGACAGGAAGAUAACGAUAAGACUACUGUCGAUGAAAAUAAUUUGGAGAAAAAAGAUGAUCAGCAAUCGUAUGAAGAAUUAUCGAAUGAAUUGAAUGAAACUGCUCAAGAAAUAGCGACAAAAAUCGACCUUAUUUCAACGCCACCACCACAAACACAUCCUCCUAAUCAUUUAGAUUUUGGUAGUCAAGAACAACAAUCACAACAAGAUCAAAUUAAUACACCAUCGACCGUUGAGGAAAAUGAAAAUUAUAAAAAGGUUGAAAAAGAACCGGUUUCUACUCCCAAAGAACAGCAAAAAUCUUCGCCAACAUCAGAAACGUCUCAACAAGAGCAACAAAAACAACAGACAACAGUAACAGCUAAAAAACCGGCUGCGACUAGUGCCGUGAAACAAACGUCAAGUGCUAGUAAAACACCGUCAGCAUCAAAAAUAUCUUCAGUUAGAAGCGCAGAUCCAAAACCACCAUCGGCAAAAAGUACAGAUGCAAAACCACUAUCAGCAAAGAGCAGCGAUGCGAAAAGUGAUACAAAAGUAACGACCAAAAAGCCGACAGUGUCUUCGUCAACAACAGCGAAACCCAAAACGCCAUCAACAGCUGAUUCAGCAAGUGCUAGUGCAACACAAUCAAAGCCGACGCGUGAUCCUGUAACAACGAAACCGGUGGCUUCAAAACCAUCUCAGCCUCGUCCUACAACUGUCCCAACGACUGCACGUGUUCCAUCAGCAAAAACGUCUCCUAAACAACCAACUCCAAAAGAUGAUUCACAUUCGACAUCGGCGGCCGGUGAUGAAAUUUUAUCUACGGCACCAUCUGCCACUGGUAGCACUAGCACUAGCACAACUACUACUUCUAAACCGCGACCUCCACCAGCACAGCACUCUACCAAAGCUCCAACAAAAACGGCUUCUAGUGGGGCUUCUACAUUAACUCACACAACAGGCGCUUCUUCUACUCGUAGCACAACGGCCAAGCCGAAUGUAUCAUCAUCAACUACAACACCCAAGCCGAAUGUAUCAUCAUCAACAACGACAACCAAGCCGAAUGUAUCAUCAUCAACAGCCGCAGCCAAACCAAAUGUACUAUCAUCAACAACGACAGCCAAGCCAAAUGUAUCAUCAUCAACAACGGUGGCACCAACAAAUACCGAUCGAACAAUCUCUCAGAGUCGAACGCAUCAACGCCCUGCAACAGCUACUAAUACAGCAACAAGCCUAUCUUCUUCAACAAAACCUUCAACAAGCGCUAGUAGACCAGCAACAGCAGAUGCAGCUUCGAAGAAUGCAGCUAGUAACGAUACAACGAUAACAAAUAAGAAACCUGAAUGGAAUGCAGCAUCAAAAGUUGGCUCAUUGAAUAAUACAACACAUAAACCAGGCGGCGGAAGUGUCAAGAUUCCUAGUACAAAAUUACAAUGGACAGCUAAAUCAAAGGUUGGCUCGCUCGAUAAUGCUCAUCAUAAAGCUGGCGGUGGAACAGUCAAAAUUGAAAGUAAAAAAUUAGAUUUUAAAGAUAAAGCAAAACCAAAAACAAAUACUGGUAUAGCGCAUAAUACUGAACAAGAUGGAGCAAAUAAUAGUGGUGAAGCAAGUGCAACAGCAACUGGUGGUGAACAACAACAAGGUGAUGAUAUACAUAAUGAUGAAGUAUUCGAAUCCCAACAACAAAACGACGGUGACAAUAAUAAAAAGGAAUAA